AGUGGGGAAAUUGCUGCGUGGUGUCACUGCUCUGGGCUGCCGCGGCCGCCCCGUCGUCGCUGGGCAAGUCGCUAGUUUGAGGGAGUCCGUGAGCCCAGUAGCGAGCUGCCCGGCUGCCCCUGUGGGUGUGGGCUGCCGCAGUGCUCCUCUCGUGCCCUUCUUCAACGCUUUCUUCAGUUGUGGUUCACUUAAGACACAGUGUUGAGUUGCUGCCACCAGAAGGGGUGGUUCUGCUCCCUCCAGAGCCUUUCUCCUUGGCAUCGCUCUUGUCAAGCCUUUUGGAUCAGGUGGGUUCAGAAAACGAAAACAUGAUCAUUUUCCACAUGGUCAAAGGAGAGAAGAAAAAGAGAAUGUUAAUCCACCUUCAGCUUUGAUGACGUCUUUUAAAUCAUUCCAGCUGGAACUUGACACCCGGCACGAUAAAUACGAGCGGCUCGUGAAGCUCAGUCGGGAUAUAACGAUCGAAAGCAAAAGAACGAUAUUUCUGCUCCACAGGUUCACCAGUGCUCCCAAUGGGGAAGAAAUACUAAGUGAAUCUGAAGUCAAGCUAAAUGCUGUCCGACAGAAGAUCAAGCAGGUUGCACAAGAACUGAUUGGAGAAGAUAUGUAUCAGUUCCACAGAGCUAUAUCUCCAGGACUUCAAGAAUAUGUUGAGGCAGUUUCGUUUCAGUAUUUUAUCAAAACACGGUCUUUGAUCAGUGUUGAAGAGAUCAACAAACAACUAAUAUUUACAGCAGAAGACAGAGAAGAAACAACAAACAUGACCUCCAAUUCCCGUGACAAACAGCCGCAUACAUGGAGCCUGAAGGUAACCCCUGUGGAUUACCUGCUGGGAGUGGCGGAUCUGACGGGAGAGCUGAUGCGGCUGUGCAUCAGCAGCGUUGGGAAUGGGGACAUAGACACACCCUUCGAACUGAGCCAGUUCUUGCGCCAGAUUUACGAUGGGUUCACCUUCAUUGGCAACACCGGACCUUAUGAAGUCUCAAAGAAGCUCUACACCUUGAAACAGAGUCUGGCAAAAGUAGAGAAUGCCUGCUACACGUUAAAAGUACGGGGAUCCGAAAUCCCAAAGCACAUGUUGGCUGAUGUGUUCUCCACCAAAACGGAAUUGAUUGACCAAGAGGAGGGGCUUCCUUAAAAUCAGGAAGCUCUUGCUACUCAGAAGAGAAGAGGACAUAGAGAAAGCUCUCUAGUUGUCUUUUGUGGGGUUUUGACCCUUCUCAAAGCUUUUUAGGUAGAGACAUUUUUAGUUUUAUCUAUGAGAAGGCUGUCUGCAGUGGUAAUUUGUAACCAAAAAUACUUUUUAUGAUGUGCAAGAGAAGAAAUGUUUGACUUUGGCUUCUUGGUAUGGAAUUUCCUGUAUUGGUCCAUUGUAUCUUCUUUCAGAAUUACUAAAAUUUCCACUGCAUUCUACUCCAGUGACUGUCAUUUGUAUGACUCACCUCAAACUGUUGUUGGUACAAGUUUUCAUCAAGCACAGCAGUGGUAAAAAAUUGGUUAGGUGCUCUUAUUUAGCAUUAUCCAUAGGUUUGUGCUGAUGCAUUUUUUGAGUAUUUGGGUUCUGUACUCAUGUCACACCUACAACAAUGCACCUGUGCAUAAGCGCACCCCUUGACUUGAGACUGGGGUGGUCUCAACAGUGCCGUGUAAUUCAAGUUUUCUCUGAUUAGUGCUUUAAACUAUGAAACUAAGUCAACUUUUUGCCAAUUGAUAAUGAAGCUAAAUGCACCAGGUAAAUACCACCGUUGCCUGUUAUUUUGGGUCUCUGUUAAAACUGAGCUCUGUUUGAGCUAACACUGGUACUUCACAGUUUGAGAUGAGCUAGGAAAUCCACAGCAAAUAAUUAUGGGAUGUAUUGUUCUACAUUUUUUGUAAUAAAGUUUAGUGCAGAAUCUGACAUAUUUUUGUUUGUAGACAAAAUAAUUUGUCAUACAAAGUAUGUAAUUUGGUGUUUGGAUAAGCAGUUUUUGGCCAGAACAAAUGUGUUGCAGUGCUGGAAGUCUGUUCUCCAUUGUUUGUGCUGCCCUGAGGACCUCCAGUGGGAUUGAACUGGUAUAAGUGGAAAAGGGCUAGCCAAGCUUUAAAUACAUGUUAGCAGGAACUAUAUCAUGUGCAUGUUCCUGUGGAAAGGAAAUUGCAAACAGAAGUAAGGCAGGCAUUCUGGUUUCCACAUUUAUCUUUGAGGGGGGUAUGUCACUGUUGGCAAAAAAUCAGGGCUUUAUGCUGGUGUCUGAAGUUAUGAAAGUCUGAUAAUGUACAUAAUGCUAAAGGAAAACAGAUAAAACAACAUGAUCUCUAGACUCCAGGAAAUAGGCCUCCCAACUGCAAUUGAAAAUACUGCAUGUUUUUUAUUUCCACUUCCAUAUGCUGUGAUACUGCCAGUACUUUUCCCAUGAGCAUGUCCUGAGUAGCUGGAAUCAUCUGAUAUAUGGAUAGGAAUGGGUAAAUACAUUUCUGUCAAAUUUUUCCAUUGUUUCCACAUAAAGUAGUAUGGGGUGGAUUGAACAAGAAGUGGUAUUUUUCCUAUUGUUUAAUACUAUUUUUUAAAAUAAAUUCUGAAAAGUA